UGCGGUGGCCCCAGCCCCUGCUCGGGCUCCUGCUAAGCGGACUCUGGGACUGUGCUGCGCUGCUCUCUCUCGUUCGCUAGCUCCCGUCCGCUCCCCGCUAGCUAGCUCCCAGAGCAGUCCGAGUCCUUUCCUUGUCGGACGCCUCCCUUGGGCUGGGAAACAUGAACACGGAGAAGAUUGUCAUCCAGGGACCGGGACCCUGGGGUUUCCGCCUCGUAGGAGGAAAGGACUUCGAGCAGCCCCUCGCCAUUUCCCGGGUUACUCCAGGCAGCAAAGCGGCAUUGGCUAAUGUAUGUAUUGGAGACGUUAUCUUGGCCAUUGAUGGAGAAAAUGCCAGCAACAUGACUCACUUGGAAGCCCAGAAUAAAAUCAAGAGCUGCGUAGAUGACAUAACCCUCACAGUUGGCAGGAGUGAACAUAAAAUCUGGUCUCCCCUCGUGACGGAGGAAGGGAAACGCCAUCCAUACAAAAUGAAUUUAGCUUCUGAACCCCAAGAAGUCUUGCACAUAGGAAGCGCCCACAACCGAAGUGCCAUGCCUUUCUCAGCCAGCCCAGCAUCCAGUGCUUCUCCUCGCAUCAUCACAGCCCAGUACAACAACCCAGUCAACCUGUACUCUUCAGAAAACAUCUCUAACUUCAAUAAUGCCUUGGAAUCGAAGACGGCAGCCAGUAUAGAGCAAAACAAUGGAAUCUUAGAACACAGCCAGCCUUCAAGUAACAUUGGCAUAGCUAAAGAUUCAGAAGUUUACAAGAUGCUACAGGAGAAGCAGGAGCUAAAUGAGCCACCAAAACAAUCCACUUCGUUCCUAGUUUUGCAGGAAAUUCUAGAAUCUGAGGAGAAAGGAGACCCCAAUAAACCUUCUGGAUUCAGAAGUGUAAAGGCACCUGUUACCAAAGUUGCUGCAUCAAUUGGAAAUGCCCAAAAGCUGCCCAUGUGUGACAAAUGUGGCACUGGCAUCGUUGGUAUGUUUGUGAAGCUUCGAGACAAGCAUCGACACCCAGAGUGCUACGUGUGCAGUGACUGUGGGAUCAAUCUGAAGCAGAAGGGCCAUUUCUUUGUGGAGGACUGCAUCUAUUGUGAAAAGCACGCCCGGGAGCGAGUGACCCCCCCUGAGGGCUAUGAUGUGGUCACCGUGUUUCCCAAGUAGACCAGCAGGCGUGUUUACAUAACCUUCUUCAGUCCUCACUGUAUUUUCCUCUCAAAUUCCCUUUGCCUUUAUCUCCUCUCUAUCUGUCUCUAGGAAUUGACACGGUUUUAACACUGUGGUAUCGACUUUUUCUUUGUCUCAGCUAAUGGGAUCUCACCCAUCCCAUGACCCUCGCUUUUUAAAUAGCGGACAGCUUUGGCCACGAGUCCUCUCAUCAUGUCUCCUUGCGAUACUCUACUACUAUGUUCAAAAGCAUCAGAUAGAAAUUCAAAAUAGAAACAAAAUAAAAUCUAUUGGAAUUUGAAUUCAUUUUAUAGUCAAUAAAUGUGAAGAAUUUUAUUGAGAGUA